AUGUUCAAUGAGAUAGAUGGGGACUUUGAUAAUGUGGCCAUAAGGACUUUCAAGCUCAGCCUACCUGCCGAGCAUGAUUUGAGAAAGUCGUUGACCAAGAAGCUUGUAAGGAGUGUGCGUUGGCUCAUGGACCAUAUUGACGAGUAUAAGCAGGUUGAGGAAGACCAACAGCAAGGGAAAGGGAAUGCUAAGGUUAUCUCUCAGGAUAGGAGAGAUUUCAGGUUAGACAGAUACAACAAUAAUCGGCCUCGAAUAGACUUUGCUGGGCAAUCUGGGCCUACUGCUACUCAGGUGAUUGGCACGGUAUUCCGGGAAUCAGUGCAUCAAGUCUUGGAAAGGAUUAAGAAUGAGCCAUACUUUAAAUGGCUAAAUAAGAUGAGAGGAGACCCUAUGAAGCGCAACCAAAGCCUUUAUUGCCAAUACCACUAUGUGCAAGGACACACCAUAGAAGAUUGUAGAACUUUGUGGAGUCAUCUGGAGCAGCUGGUCAGAGAAGGAAAGUUAAAGCAAUUUUUAUAUCAGCCUAGUGGGCAAGGGGGUCAGGCAAGAUUGGGAUCUUAG